UGACCGGCCGGUUUCAUUGGUUUCGCUUGAUGUUUUGAGCGGCAGCCAGAGCGCAGUCCUCUACGUGAGUGUUGCCAGGCGCCACCAAAUGCACACCCAAAUCGAAAUCUCAAUUCGGAAUGGAGAAUUUUGACUACGUGGUGAUUGGAUCUGGCAUCGAGGGUUCGUGGACCGCAUAUCAGCUCAUUCGAGAUGCCAAAAGAAAAGCGUCGGUUUUGCUCUUGGAGCGCUUUCCACUGCCACACAGCCGCGGCAGUUCCCACGGGCAAACGAGAAUAAUCAGGCACGCUUACCCCGAGGACUUCCACACUGCGUUGAUGCCACAGGCUUUUUCAGAGUGGAAACAACUGGAAAAGGACUCAGGAGAACGAUUGCUCAUACCGAAGUCUCUGCUGUGCGUAGCCGAUGAAACCGGGUAUGGAGGCCUGGACAACACGAUCUCACGAUUGCGAGAAGAGCAGGCGAAAGGAGGAAAUGAAAUUUCGUUCAAAGAGCUGUCGUUCCAGGAUUUGGCUCGUGAAUUCCCUCAAGCUUCAUUUUCACCAAACCACCGCGGCUGCGUUGAGUACAGCGCUGGAAUUCUUCUCGCAGACAAAUGCUUGGCCACAGUUCAGGCGCAAUUCAAAAGGCUCGGCGGUACGAUAAAAGACGGAUUUGUUGUAACCUCAAUCGUGCCCGGGGAGCGAGUACAGGUCAAAGGCCAGCACGAGGGCAAGGAUAGCACAGUGGUGACAGGAAAGCUUGCCAUUUGCAGUGGGCCGUGGGCCAAAAAAUUGCUAGAGCCACUUUUGGACAGGAAAAUUCCCUUGAAAACACUGAGAGUGCCUGUUUUCUACUGGAAGAUAAAGGAAAAUGGCCCAGGGAUGAUUCCUGCUUCGUACAUUGAUCACGGAGCGGGAGAGUUCUGGGGAAUUCCCGAGCUGGAAUACAAGGGCUUAAUAAAGCUCUGCAGCCACAGUACUGCGGACGAGGCUGAUCCCGACGACCGCGACAAAGCCUUUGAGCACCCAAACCACCAAGAGCUGACAAAUUACGUCAAAAAACACUUUCCUGGGCUGGAGGAUACUCCUUCAAUUAUUGAAACCUGCAUGUACACGGUUUCUCCUGACAACGUGAGCAUAAUUGACAAUAUUCCUGGGGACCCAAGAAUCGCAUUUGCUUGUGGAUUUUCUGGUACCGGAUUCAAAAAAGGACCUUGUGUAGGACUCAUGCUGAAACAGUUGUUGAACCCUGAGGAUAAACAAGACUUUGACAUGAAGCCUUUUUCGCUGAAGAGAUUCUAACUAUUUGUUGUCACUGCAUACAAAAAUAAAUUUUUAACAUUCACCUUCAA